AGCUCACCGCAGGUCAGUUCAAAUACCGAGGAUUUGGAGAAAACAGCCGUGGCAAUUGACGUGGGGAUUUUAACCCCCUUUCAAACGCAGUGCUGAUCCGAAAAAGACCCCUGUGCAGCAGUGCAAAGAUGGAGCUGAGGGGUGUCUGGUGUGUGUUGUUGACUUGUCUCUUCUACACAUCCUCCGCUGACAAAGAUUUCUUCACCUCCAUCGGUCAGAUGACAGAUCUGCUGUACACAGAAAAGGACCUGGUCACUUCUCUGAAGGAUUACAUUAGAGCAGAGGAGAGCAAGCUGGAGCAAGUCAAAAAGUGGGCUGAGAAGCUGGAUGUGUUGUCGGCCACGGCCACUCAGGACCCAGAGGGCUUCCUGGGCCACCCGGUCAACGCCUUCAAGCUGAUGAAGAGACUCAACACAGAGUGGGGAGAGCUGGAGAGCCUGGUUCUCAAGGACAUGUCUGAUGGGUUCAUCUCUAACCUGACCAUCCAGAGACAGUACUUCCCCAAUGAUGAUGACCAGACGGGGGCAGCCAAGGCCCUAAUGAGGCUGCAGGACACCUACCGGCUGGACACGCACACCAUCUCCACGGGAGAGCUGCCUGGAACUAAUACGGAUGUCGCUAUGAGCCCUAUGACGGUGGAGGACUGCUUUGAGCUGGGGAAGAUAGCCUACUCUGAUGCAGACUACUACCAUACGGAGCUGUGGAUGGAGCAGGCCCUGAAACAGCUGGACGGGGGAGAGGAGUCCAACGUGGACAUGGUGACCAUCCUGGAUUACCUCAGCUACUCCAUCUACCAGCAGGGGGAGCUAGAGAGGGCCCUGGACUACACCAAGAGAUUGCUCAAAUUGGACUCUGCUCACCAGCGAGCCAAUGGCAACCUGAAGUACUUUGAGUACCAGCUGGCCAAGCAGAAGAAGGUUGAGGCGGAGGAGGGCCUGAAGGAGAAGGAGAAAAGAGAGAGGGAGAAGAGAGAGGCGUCUGACAAGAAGGGCAGACCUGCAGACUACCUGCCUGAGAGGAGGAAAUACGAACAGCUGUGUCGCGGCGAGGGCAUCAAGAUGACCCCGCGGCGUCAGAGUCGUAUGUUCUGUCGUUACUCUGACAACAACCGCCACCCCCUGUACGUGCUGGGUCCCGUCAAGCAGGAGGACGAGUGGGACCGCCCACGCAUCAUCCGUUACCAUGACAUCCUCUCCAACAGCGAGAUCGAGAAGGUCAAAGAGCUGGCCAAACCCCGGCUGCGCCGGGCCACCAUCUCCAACCCCAUUACUGGUGUGCUGGAGACCGCCCACUAUCGCAUCAGCAAGAGGCGUGCCACCGUGCAUGACCCCCAAACAGGGAAACUCACCACGGCCCAUUACAGAGUCUCCAAGAGUGCAUGGCUAACAGCCUAUGAGGAUCCAGUAGUGGACAAGAUAAACCAGCGCAUUGAGGAUAUCACAGGCCUGAAUGUCAAGACAGCAGAGGAGCUACAGGUGGCAAAUUACGGCGUGGGCGGGCAAUACGAGCCCCACUUUGACUUUGGACGGAAAGAUGAACCGGAUGCGUUUAAGGAGCUGGGCACUGGGAACCGCAUCGCCACCUGGCUAAUUUACAUGAGUGACGUGCCAUCAGGGGGCGCCACUGUCUUUACAGAUGUGGGAGCUGCAGUGUGGCCCAAAAAGGGAAGUGCAGUGUUCUGGUAUAACCUGUUUGCCAGUGGGGAGGGUGACUACAGCACACGGCACGCAGCCUGCCCUGUCCUAGUAGGGAACAAGUGGGUGUCUAACAAGUGGAUUCACGAGCGAGGCCAGGAGUUCCGAAGACGUUGCACUCUGGACGAGUCAGACUGAUCAAAAGGAAUAAAACACCUUCCUCCUAAUCCUCGUCUUCCUCUUCCAAUCCCUUCUCCUGGACCCACCUGACUCUCGGCUCUGUGGACGCUGGGGUGUGAAGUGCCCUCUGACCUCUCCACCCCCUUCCUCUCCUCCUUCUCUCCAAACUCAGUGUUCACUCAGCGUUCACUGAGGCUCUGGCUGCUCAUGUGAUCUGUCACAUUUUAUUUUUAUCUGAGGUGUGUAUGUGUGCGUGUGUGAACGUGUGCGCAUGUGUAUGUGUGUGGGGUUCACCAGUCCCAGUCUGUGCCUUCUGUCAUGGGUUUUGCACACUCCGACGGCACAGCUGUCUUAACCUGAGGAACUUUUAUUUAACUUUCACCCUUAACAUGGACUUUUAUGUUGAUACUGUCGACAAGAUGCUAAGUUAACUAGUUUCCCAACUCCUCAAAUACCCCAACAGUACACAUUUGUAGUGUAGCCCCAGACAAGCACACCAGAUUCAACUUGUCAACUAAAUACCAAGCCG